CUCAGUAUCCUCCGUCAACAAUGGCCAAGCCAUUGAUCUUCCUCUCCCUCCACACCUCCCUCAUCUUCACCAUCUCGCUUGCUGCUUCACCUCCUCCUCCUUCUUCCUCCUGUCCCUUUGAUCUCACCUACGUCCUAACCUUCCCCUGGGACACUUCAACUUGCCUCCAACUUGACCCAAAAAAUGGAACCCAACACUGCUGCCAAACCCUCCUCAGCCUCUUCGGGGUUGGACUUGCUCAGCACCUCAAAGAUACCUCCGUCUUCGAACUUCCCGAUGCAAACUCUUCCUCUUCUUGCCUCUCCGAUUUUAGUACCAAGCUUGCAGCUCUGUCAAUCCACGCCGAUAUGGUCUCUACUUGCUUCCAUAACUCUACCCAGUUCGUUACCAAUACCUCGAGCUGUGCAGGAAUUGAAACCAUCCAAGAUUUUAAUUCAAAGGUUGGCUUGAUGUCACCUCUUGAUACAUCUUGUAAUGGUGACCUCACGGGGCUAACUCGGUGCGGUAUUUGCCUUGAUGCUGGCUUGAAGGUCACUUCCCAAUUGAGUGCUAGGGAUCCAAACUCCACUAAAUGUUUCUACUUCACAGUCUUAUAUGCUGCUGCUAUUGUUAACAACUUUGGUCCUAAAGAUGUUAGAACAGCUAGUUGCAUACUUGGUAUGCCUCUGUCUAGUGCUGGAAGGAAAGGGUCGUCUGACAGAGAACGUACUCUGAAGCUGAGUUUUGGGUUACUGGGCGCUGUUAUUGGUAUUCUUCUUGCUUUUGUUCUGAUUAUUAUCUACAGGAAGUGGGAUAGGAGGAGGAGGGAGAAUAUUUAUCACAGGGAAGUUGUGAGCAGCGUGAGGGCCAGCGUUUUGCCUUACACUGGGGCGAAAUGGUUUCAUUUGUCAGAGCUUGAAAAAGCCACCGAUAAGUUUUCGCAAAGGAAUCUGAUCGGUCAAGGAUCUGAUGGGAUUGUGUACAAAGGGACUCUUCAGGAUGGUGCUUUGGUAGCAGUUAAAGAGAUUUUUGAUUUGGAAACCAAAGGGGACGAGGAGUUUUGCUAUGAAGUGGAGAUCAUCAGCAAAAUAAAGCACAGGAAUCUUGUUGCUCUUCGAGGUUGUUGUGUCACUAGUGACAACUCCAAAGGUAAAAGGAGAUUUUUGGUUUAUGAUUACAUGCCGAAUGGUAGCCUCAGUUACCAAUUAUCCGUUUCCGGAGCUAACAGGCUAACAUGGCCACAGAGAAAGAACAUAAUUCUCGAUGUGGCUAAAGGGCUCGCUUAUCUGCAUUACGAAAUCAAACCCCCAAUUUAUCACCGUGACAUAAAGGCCACGAACAUACUUCUAGACUCCGCAAUGAAAGCUAAGGUGGCAGAUUUUGGAUUGGCCAAGCAAGGCAAUGAAGGCCAGUCUCAUCUCACCACAAGGGUUGCUGGCACCUAUGGUUAUUUAGCACCAGAGUAUGCUCUCUACGGGCAACUAACCGAGAAAAGUGAUGUUUAUAGCUUUGGCAUUCUGAUUCUCGAAAUCAUGAGCGGAAGAAAGGUGCUUGACACUUCAAAUUCAUCGGUUCUUUUGAUCACAGACUGGGCUUGGACGCAUGCGAAAUCAGGCAAGAUAGAGGAAAUAUUGGACGAGUCAAUAAGAGAAGGAGGGCCGAAGAGGAUAAUGGAGAGGUUUGUUUUCGUUGGGAUUCUCUGUGCUCAUGUGAUGGUGGCUUUGAGGCCUACUAUUUCUGAGGCCCUCAAGAUGCUAGAAGGUGACAUUGACAUUCCCAAUUUACCAGACAGACCAGUGCCUCUGGGCCACGAGUCCUUUCAAUCUUCUCUUUUGUAUGGCUUUCCAGGGAGUGGAAGAUCUACACCGUUCAGUUCAUCCGUUCAAGUGUGAGCGCAGUUUAGAUUGGGUCAGAAUUAAUUUACAUCUGGUCAGAAAUUCACGCCCCCACCCACGAUUUGAAAGUUCAAUUUAACUUUCAAACGCGUGCUAUAUCCGACACAAUUCUUUCCCUAUUUUUUUUUAAUACUGUAAUUGUGGUGAUCUUUGAUACGAGCGAGAACGUAUACAGAAGAAGGCAUAUUUGAAUACGUUUCUAUGUUACAGUCAAAUUAAACUCGAACUGCAGAAUCUACUUCUAUAUUUGAGCAUGACUCGAAUUA